ACAUAACAGCUGACUCGUGCGCCGUGCGUAUUUUAUUCCAAUAGGAUUUUAUUUAGGAAAUAUUAAAUUAGCUGCUCAAACUAUGGCGUUAAGAAAUUCAGUUUUAAAGUUAGCUAAACUGGGACGAUCAAGCAGUCACAUGCGACUGAGAGUGCUAAGUACUCAGACGUCUGAAAAAGUCAACGAAAGCGAAAAAUCUAAACAGACUCAUUUUGGCUUCGAAACAGUCGAUGAGAAAGAGAAGUGGAAAAAAGUGCACAAUGUAUUUGAGACGGUGGCAGAGAAGUAUGAUGUAAUGAAUGAUGCCAUGUCGCUGGGCAUCCACCGCCUGUGGAAGGAUAUCUUCAUGCAGCGGCUGGCUCCCACACACGGGACCAAGCUGCUAGAUGUUGCUGGUGGCACAGGGGACAUUACAUUCCGGUAUAUAAACUAUCUGAAGAACCUGGGCCCUGCACCAGAGGGCAGACGGAGUGCCGUCACUGUCUGCGAUAUCAACCAAGCAAUGCUCGAUGUAGGCAAACUCAGGGCACAAAAACUGGGUUAUACUGCGGAGUCAUGUGGAGUGGACAUUGACUGGGUGUGCGGAGAUGCAGAGAAGUUACCCCACGCUGACGACAGCUACACCGCUUACACCAUCGCCUUCGGCAUCCGCAACUGCACACAUAUUGAUAAGGUGCUAGAGGAGGCGUACCGCGUGCUGGCGCCCGGCGGCCGCUUCAUGUGUCUCGAGUUCAGCCAUCUGCCCAACGAGACUUUACAGUGGGCGUACGACCAAUACUCGUUCCAAGUGAUCCCAGUGCUGGGGCAGCUCAUAGCGGGCCAGUGGAAGCCCUACCAGUAUCUAGUCGAGAGCAUCCGCCAGUUCCCUAAUCAGGAGAAGUUCAAGUCCAUGAUCGAGGACGCGGGCUUCAGGCAGGUCACCUAUGAAAACCUCACCUUCGGCGUCACCGCUAUACAUUCGGGAUUCAAGAUCUAACUACCGGGGG